AUGGAAUACAUUAGACAAUUGAGUUACAAUGUGGGGUCUUACUUCUAUAAUUCAUUUUCUUCUCACAAUUUCCACCCACUGAAACCUUUUGAUAUUACCCAUCCUGUCUUCAUCUUUGGAUUAUCUUACACUCACGACACUCCUUCGGAACUUUCUUUUGCUGAUGCAGCUCAUCGCAUACACGACUUGAUCACCAUCACUUACAGACAAAAAUACGCCACACUAGGACACACAUAUUUAACUUCAGACGCUGGAUGGGGGUGUGCCAUUCGAUCGGUUCAAAUGCUUCUUGUGAACUCGAUAGUGGUAUAUCUCGACAAAAGCUUUCACCCGGAGUAUACCUCCCACGACCACAUCGCAAUAAAAAACAACGCGAAACAACUUGUCUUCGAUAAGGAGUCGUCAGUAUUGUCAAUACACAAUAUAUACAUCCAAGACGCUAUUAUCAAACACAACCCAACAGGUACUAACUUCCUUCCACCUUCUACAUGUGCUACUGCUGUUGCAGACUUGUACAACUUUUGGGAGAAGAGAACGUUUGAUGUGUUAAUGUGUACCGAAUAUAUCCCUGAAGUCACUCAACCGACACUCCUCUUCAUCCCUCGAAUCGUUACUAAGUCCGAAAGAAAUUUCAUCCAAACUACAAGCUUCUUACCACAAAGCAGAGGGUUUGUGGCUGGUAUUGGCGACGCCGCUAUUUACUGCUUUGGAGUCCAAGAAAAAAGGGUCUUCUUUUUAGACCCACACUUCGUACAAGACGCAAGCGAGGUUGGGUAUUUUAACAGACCCAUUUUUGAAGCAAAUUUUGACGAAUUGGAUAACUCGUUUGUGUUUGGGAUGAUGUGCGAAAACAAGAGCGACUGCGAAGUUGUGAGGAUGACUUUUAAUAUGGGGAAGGAGAAGGUUAUAGCGCGAGAAAUGAAUUCAACGGAGAAUAUCAAAGGCUUUGAGGUGCUCAAUUUUUGA